AGACCGAGAGCUCGGGGGAAGCAGGACUCACUACUCAAUCGUCACACUCACACAGAGAAAGGGGAGAAAAAAAGAGUGCAGGUCUUGAUUUAUUUAGAAAAGAGGUGGAAGUUCUGUGUGCCCGGUCUACACAGAGCCGUACAAGGGGGCAGAGCACUUGGAGUUGAGGAGACUGAAAAGUACCUGCCAUUGCAUGCUGAUGCUCAAGGCUGCACCAACAGAAGUGCCCAUCACUUGGUGAUACCCAAGUACCCGAGAAGAAAAAUUGGAUUCAUAAUUUUGUAAAAUUGUAUUAUCAAUUAUUGUAAUUGUGAAUGUUUGCGAUUUGUUAUUUUAUUUUUGUGUUUGUUUCUAAAAGAAGAAAUUAAAUAAGUUCAGUGGCCGGGCAAUUGACUGGACAGUGAUACCCAGCGCAUUCCGAGCUGUCAGCGCGCGCACUGACCAUCGCGUUCUGAUUCUUCUUCUCUCACAAGGUGGAGGGACACUCGCCAGGGUUUGAUCCCAACUGUCACUCACUACACCCGUCAAACAUCCAAGGAUAUUUCCUCACUUCUGACAUCUUUCUUUUUUCUACUCGGACAGAUCACUUCUCUCACACACUUUUUGCCAAAUGGUGUGAGUAACCUACAGAGAGAGAAGCGGUGAAAGAGAACUGAAGGUAUAGCACAGGCUAUCCACGGUCUCGUCACAUACAAACACAGGGGCAGAGUGGACCGAAGAGGCGAAGCGCAAAAGACACUUUCGCCUCUCGGAGUGAGGGGACCACUAGCCAAUAGCUCAAAGCACGAUCAACCACCCACCCCGGCCGGCAGUCCGAGCGCAGGAGCCUCGUACUUUUGGAGGUCCCGGGAAAAGUUGAGUGCCGAGCAAGUGGAGGCAAUAGGAGGGAAGCGAGCCCAUCCUUCAGAGUGCUGGUCCCCGGGCAAUGCAAGUGUAAAUGCCAGGGCAAUGUCCCGUCGCAAGCAGGGGAACCCACAGCACGUGUCACAGAGAGAAUUAAUAGCACCGGUGGAGGCUGAUCAUGUGGACGGCGGACUGUCCAUGUCUGACUCCCUCACCCUCCCUCACCCUCACCCCCUGUUGUCCCACCCGGCCCUGCUGGACCCCAGCCUAUCAAACAGCCUGGCCAUGGGUCUGGUUGACCACGACCUGCUCACCUGUGGCCAGUGUCAGAUGAACUUUCCCCUGGGAGACAUCCUGCUCUUCAUCGAGCACAAGAAGAAGCAGUGCCAGGCCCUACUGCAAGGCCACGGCUGCUACGACAAGAUGGCCGCUGACCGCAGCAGCCCCUCCCCGCCCCACCAGCAGCAGCAGAACCAGGGUCGCCACGGCCACUGCCAGCUGAGGAAAGUGGUGGAACCGGUGGAAAUCGGAAUCCAGGUGACACCAGAGGACGAGAGGCUGAUGGUGACGCCGACCAAAGGAAUUUGCCCCAAGCAGGAGAGCGUCCUGGCUGGAGGCCGGGACGAGCCUUCAAGCUACAUCUGCACCACGUGUAAGCAGCCCUUUCCCAGUGCCUGGUUCCUCCUGCAGCACGCCCAGAACAGCCAUGGCAUCCGCAUCUACCUGGAGUCCAACCCCUCCAGCUCGUCGCUUACACCCCGCAUCACCAUCCCCGGACUGCCCAUGGGCCAGGACUCCAUCCCCCAGUCCCCCCUCGCCAACUUUCUGGGAGAGAACAACCCCUUUCACCUGUUGGGGAUGACUGGGCCCCUGCUCCGGGAGCCCCCACAAGGCUUCAUGGAGAACCGUGGAGGCCUCCCCAACACGCCGCCCUUUGUCAGCCCCUCACCCCGCCACCACCUGGACCCCCACCGGCUGGAACGCCUUAGUGCCGAGGAAAUGGGGCUCAUCUCCCAGCACCCCAGUGCCUUUGAGAGGGUGAUGCGGCUGACGCCCAUGGCCAUCGAGGCCCAAUCCAUGGACUUUUCCAGGCGGCUCAGGGAGCUGGCGGGGAGCAAUAACGUGGCCACACCUCCUCUUUCGCCCAGCCGGGCCAACCCUAUGCACCGCCUGCUCAACCCCAACCCCUUCCAGCCAAGCCCCAAGUCACCCUUUCUCAGCUCCCCGCCCCUGCCGGCCAUGCCCCCCAACAGCACCACCCCGCCCCAGACACAGGCCAAGAGCAAGUCAUGUGAGUUCUGCGGGAAGAGCUUCAAGUUCCAGAGUAACCUGGUGGUCCACCGGCGGAGCCACACCGGGGAGAAGCCCUAUAAGUGUCAGCUGUGUGACCAUGCCUGCUCCCAGGCCAGCAAGCUGAAGAGGCACAUGAAGACACACAUGCACAAAUCUGGCUCCAUGACAGGGAGGUCUGACGAUGGGCUUUCCACUACAAGCUCCCCCGAGCCGGGCACCAGCGAAGUGACUGGAGAAGGCAUGAAGAACAGAGAGGGAGACUUCAGGGGUGAGGGUGAAGAGGAGGAAGAGGAAGAGGAUGAAGAGGAGAUGGAGAACGAGAGCAGGCCAGAGUCAAACUUCAGCAUGGACAACAUGGAGUUCUACCGUAACCGUGAAAACGGCUCCAAGCCGCCGCCAGACGAGAAGAACUCUCUCUCUCUGGGUAAGAUGGUGGAGAAUGUGGGCCUGAACACUAUACAGCAGUACAAUAACUUGAUAGUCGACAAUCGUAAAAAUCGGAUGCCCUUCUCUAAGAAGGGGUCCGAUGGGCAGCGGGACACUGGGGAUGAGGACUCUGUGGUGGGAGAGAUGGAGAGGGAGCACCAUCACCACCAGAUGGAAAGGGAUCACCAAAGGCCCACGGUCAACGGCAGGAACUGUGGCUCCGGCAACUCUUUCUCAAGCCUUUUCCCCCGCAAACCCACACCCAUCACCAGCCCCAGCCUGUCCAACUCCUCCAACAAGAGGAUCAAGAUUGAGAAGGAUCUGGACAUGCCCCCAGCACCAAUCAUCCCCUCUGAGAACGUCUACUCUCAGUGGCUGGUGGGUUAUGCCGCCUCACGACACUUCAUCAAAGACCCUUUCCUGGGCUUCACCGACUCCAGACAAUCUCCCUUCGGCACAUCCUCUGAGCACUCAUCUGAGAACGGCAGCCUGCGCUUCUCCACGCCUCCUGGGGACCUCCUGGAUGGCGGCCUGUCGGGGCGCAGCGGUACAGCCAGCGGGGGUAGCACCCCUCACCUGGGGGGCAUGGGAUCCGGCCGGCCCGGCUCCAAGGAGAGCCGACGGAGCGACACCUGCGAGUACUGCGGCAAGGUGUUCAAGAACUGCAGCAACUUGACAGUGCACCGGCGCAGCCACACGGGAGAGAGGCCCUACAAGUGCGAGCUGUGCAACUACGCCUGCGCCCAGAGCUCCAAGCUCACACGCCACAUGAAGACCCACGGGCAGAUGGUUGUAGGAUGGCUAAACCGUCGGGCUAAACUGCGGAGCUUUAUAGCCAGAGAGAGCAGGGAGAUCUUAGGGGCUCCCUGUGAUGUGUAGUUGAACGCAUUCUGAAAGAAGUAGCAACUCUGACACACACAGAAUGCACAGCUGAGUGAGCUUUUUAGGAAAGAUUUUUCGGUCUUCAGCAAGCACCAACCUUUGCCCAAAUCAGCACUCCUUGUUAUUUUGAAUAAUGUACCCCUGUCCUACCCCCCCCCCCCCCCUUGUUCAAACCCCCUCAAGUUGACCUUUGACAUCCACGCAAAAAUGUUUUUUUUUUAGUUAAAAAUCCGUCAUUGAGAAAAAAAGAAGAGAAAAACACAAACGUAUCUUUGCAGUUGACCCGUACUAUGAUUUGUCAAUCAUUGUUUUACACACAAAGAGAAAAAGAAAAUGGAAAAUACGGCGUCUGAGCAAGAAAUGACUUUGACUGGAUUUCCUCGGCCUGCGUGAAGGGCUCUAUAGUUUGGGAUCAGCUGAUAUUGAAGUGCCAGCGUUGCUAUAAGCUUGGCUUUCCCAAUACUGGCACUAUAAAAAUGAAAAUGAAUUUAUUGGGACACUUUUUGUACUGCCAUUCAAUUUGACAUGAGUGUGCCUUGAACACUGAUCUUCCUAUUCACCGUCUCUCAAGACAAAUGCGACACUUUUGUGAAGCAAAGGAUUUGAACAAAAUGAAAACAAUGUAUCAAAUUUAUGUGUCAACUUAGUUUCUAAUUUGCUUAUGAAAUUCCAAUAGAAUAUCAGAGAUAUUACUUCUAAAAAAUAAAAACAAAGCUGCAUUUAGGUUAGGAGUAGCCAGCACAAAAAUGACGUGUCUGUGUCUGUAUAUAUGUAUGCAUAUGUACAUAGAAAUGCAUAAACCUAUAUAGAUAUAUAUCAAAUUCUUCAAAUCAGGACAAGACUGUAUCCCUAGAAACAUGGUCCGAGUGGAUUGUUAUACCACACAGUAGUCAAGGAAGAGACUGGACUAAAAAUCAGGAACUGCAGAAACAAAAAAAGAAUUUAGUGCACUCUGUCUUAAAAUACGUUUACAGUAUUGAAACAAGUACAUGGGUAAAAUAAUAUUUGUGUGUAUGUGUGUUUUAAACCAGUAUUUCUUUUCUUCAAGUUUGCUUAUACAGUUUCUCUGAAUGCCAUGGUGGCGAUGUGUAUAUUGUUUUUUGGUGACGGGGUUUUAGUAUAUAUAUAUAUAUGAAUAUAUAUGAAUAUAUAUGACAUUUUCUUGUUUACUGUAAAAGUAUACCAGUAUUUGUAAUAUUGGAGAAUGCCUGGGCAUUUUACAAAAAUAUAAAAAAAGUUAUUGUUUCUUUAUUUUUAUUUUGGAGUACAAUUUAAAUGGUGGGUCUUUUAAAAAUGUUUUUGUCACUGUAACUGUAAAAGUCUUCAGUUUUAGUAACUUCUCCUUUUGCUGCCUUGGUGUAAUAAAAUGAAAAUAAAUGAAAUAAAAAGUGAACUGGUAACCAACUUGGAUGGGGGGGGGGGGGAGCUGCAUCAUGUCUGAAUUUCCCUUCGUAGAAACUAUGGAACAUUGUUAUUGCUUUGCAGUAAAAUACUGACAUGUCUCUAUGUUCUGCUUCUGGAAUGAAUGCUCUUCAUGGCUGGUCUGAAAUACAUGUGUAGGCACUUGCUGUCUUUCUACAGAAGCUUGUGUUUUUUAACCCGUAUGUGCAUCCUUUGUGAAAAGGGUACUUUAAGUACCUGUAUGUCAUUCUCUUAUUUGGGGGAGGGGGACAACAUUGCAACUUCAAGAUAAAACUCACAGGCUGCCACCAUUUAUUUGAUUUCAUUUGGCAGGAUAAAAUAGUGCAAAAAACCCAUGAUGAAUUUGCAUUGUUGACAUGAACCUUAUUGUACAGAAGGGAAAUAAAAAGGUUGUUUGACCUUUUAGCAACAAAAAUACACAAGUAGAUGUUUUUGUUUACUAUUCUGUUGGUUGUACAUAUCUUUAGUUUUUUUAUUUAGAUUUGAACAUUUCUAUGUGUUCUAACUGGCACUGGCAGUGAAUCUCUCUUUAGGGUCAUCUAGCUGCCCUUUGACCCUUGACCUUUGGUGACCUGUGUGUCAGUUGUACGGGAACCUGACCUGCCAACCCAUAGACUUCACAGCAUGAGAAGAAUGGAGAACAUAUACAAGCAUGAUGUGGUAGAGACGCAGGCAGACAGGUCUGGCCACCAGUCAGAGAAAGGACAUGGAUUGUGUGUAGAAAAAGAUACACACAUUGGAGAAAAAAAUGGUAAAGUCUCUUAUGAGGUGCAGGGAGAUUAUAUAUCUGGAUACCUUAGUUAGACAUCGUCUCACAGAACCAUGUAGUGUACACAGAGCAGCCGAGGCUGGCUGGAUACAAUCAAAGCUACAAGCUGCAUUCGCCUCAAACCAGAAGCUACAAUUACAGGCAGUUAGUAGCUACCGUACCUGACCACAAUCAUAUGGUCAACUAUCAAUCAGUCAGAACCAGGGUGUUUAUAUGAAAGCUGCUCACUUAGAUGUACAGAACUGUCCUCCAACUGUUUAGCAGCACAGAACACCCAUAUCUGUGUUUUAUCUUCUUUUUACGAUUUUAUGUUUCCCUUAAAAUAUUGGUGCUUUGAUAUGUGUUAAGAGCUAUUCCGUGUUGGCUGCACUGUUUAUCCGCCCCUGGGCACCGUAGACAGAACACCAAGCAGAGCAAGGCUAAGCUAGGUGGUUGAUGGUGUUCACUUUGUGUAUAGACAUAUUCAUGGAACACUGCCCAAUCUGUGGGUAUAUUCAUGUAGUUUUCCUUCGAAGGUGCAGGUGUAUUGGGCCAGUAGUCCCUCUACAUGAGAGACCGGGUUGAUGUUAGUACGCCGGUCCUGAAUUAGGAAAUAAAAAUACAAAGUGCUUUGCUGCUUUCCACUCUUUAGGUUUGACAUUCAAUCAUUUUACUAUUUCAUUUCAGAUUUUUUUAAUGUUUGUAUUUAAAUAAUAACACAGGGUUGGGAUAAAGAAAUCUGUAAUUUUUUAUAUGUAAUAAUGUUCGAAUACAAAGGGAAGUGGUCCGGGUCUGGACAUACAGGGGGAGGGCUGGGGGCUUUGAGUAGGGAUGUUAUGCUGUGUGUGAUGUCACUUUAUUUAAAUACAUGAACUGAUUGUUUAGGCUGCAAUUGGCUGUGUUGUCUGUGAUGUCACUGAGGUGAGGACAGCGUUCCGUCGUUCUCAGGCCUGAUGAGUCCAAUGCCAUUGGUUCGUUACAGUAAACAUGACAUUCAG